AUGGGCGACGCAGGUUAUAACAGAAUCGCCAAUGCAGCAGGCCAGUUUUCAGGUAUGAUGUGGACUUGCGAUGAGUUUCCCUUCGCCACGUAUGAGACCCCCUACCAAAAGCCAUACCAUGAGUCUGAAAAUGAAAAAUUCGCCUCUGCAGUUCUGUUGAAGAAGGUGCCGGAGCGAGAACAUACUGCACCCCACAGAAUGCAGCAUGUGGACUUCCAGAGUAAUGUUUUGUGUGCUUUGAGAGAAGCCGUACUACACAAGCGUGCGCCGCCGGCCACGAAAGCAACCACCAAGGGCAUCUGGAGAUAUCAUUUUAGAACGCAAUUUCAGCCGGACACAGAGCUUGCCGCUGUGUCUGUCGAGUGGUAUGACGACGCUAGUGAAUGGUUUCCCGGAUAUCAAAAACGUUCAAUCGAGGGACGUGAUAUUGAGGAGAGUAUCGUCCGAAAUUUUCAUUCGUUUUACAACAACGGCACGGCGGAAGUGAGACAUGAGCCCGUGUUCAAAGAUGAGUACAAGAUUCUGCGCAGGUCAUGGGACCGACAUCUUGUGGGAAACGGCUCGGCAGUGGACCUUGAGCAAGGUAACCCGAAGCGGUCGAUGGGACACAUGCAGAGCCAUGACAACGACAACGGUACCGUGGGACUUAGUGCCGACUGGCUGAAUGCUUCAGGGAACGGCUUUCUCGUGGUUUUAUCAAGCCAUAGCACUUAUUAA